AUGUAUUUGCUUAUUGCAUUACCAUCUCAAAGUUCGAUAUAUUAUUUUUAUACUCAUCACUUCAUAAUAACUCGAUGCUCUUAUGAGAAUCACUUUCAGAUCGGUAAUGAAAUCCAUGAAGCAUUGCAAAUGUCCGGGAAGACAGUCGAUCAACGUAUUACACACUUACAGAAGGCUCAAGAACUACUGUUGAAUCACGAUAGAAGUGGAUCACUUCUCGACAAUUUUUUGGAUGAAAUGCUGGAAUUCGUUGUUGAGAAUGACGCAAAAAUGCGAUGCUUCGUUGGUUCUUUCAUCGAGAAAGCUUGCAAGAAGGAUGCUGAAGUGAUGAAAAAGGCUGUCGUAUCACUAUCGUAUAUGAUGGAACUUGGUGUGGCGGGAUGUGUGAAAGUCACAAAAAAAGUUCAUUCUUUCAUUGAAUUUGAUGUUCAUUCUGCCAGAAUUUUCGUACGAAUCAGUCGGUUGAUGCAUAUGAAAACAUUGAACAAAAAAAUGUGCAGUUGUUUGUUAAAGGUGAUAGCCGUUUGUACACAAGUGUAUGCGUACGUACUGAAAUGGGCUGCAGCAUCGAGAAGCGUGGAAGUGGAACGGUGUUGGGAAGCGUUCUGUGUGCUGAAAGGUCGAAUUAUGCAGCAAAUCGAUUCUGACAAUGAAGGGUGCAUUCAUUUUAUCUCAAUUUUUUAGUACGCACACAGACGCUAA